AUGGCUAGGCUAUCCGGCCUCCAACGGGAUGUCUUGUCUCUGUACCGUCAGUGUCUAAGGGAAAUUCAAAAGAAGCCAGUGGAAUCAAGAGACAAUUUCAAGAGCUAUGCUCGGGCUGAAUUUGAAAAGUAUCUCUCAGUGAAUAAGAAAGACUUCAACACCGUGGAAUAUCUCCUGCGCAAGGGCAACCGCCAGCUAGAGAUGUAUGCGUCCCCGGGUAUUCGGAAUAUCCGAUAG